AUGGGAAAGUCUUGGGUCCGUCUGUUGUGGGGCUACCCUCGAUCCUCACUUUCUCGGCAUCGCUAUUAUGGAGUCACGGAUAACCAUCAAAACAGCCAGACCGAGCUCAGCGAAAUUCGUGCUCAACCAUCCGUAUUUCCAGUGGCUUCUUUGUCCUCCUUAUCGACAAUUCCACAGGAAAGCCAUCCAUCGAUCGCGAAAACCGCCCCGGUUGCUGAGAACGAUACCCUGCUAGAACUACCCGUGGGCGAUGAAGAAACGAUAACAAGAACGAGAGCGGGGAUCGUUGACCCGACAUCACACACGCGGAAUACAGCAUGGAUUGAUGGUGUCUACCUCUGCGCCAGAGCUGGGGUCUUCAUACUCCUCAUGAACCUAGUCCUUGUCUCAAUUGCGGCUGGACUGGCUAGUAAAUACCCAGAAAAUGGUAGCUAUUCGACCACCGCAGUGAUUUAUCAAGGGAGUUGCGGUUUGACAAAACGAUGGAACACUGCUCUGCAUUUGAUUAUCAACGUGCUGAGCACGUGCAUCCUUGCUGCAAGCAACUACUGCAUGCAGACGCUUGUCGCCCCGGCCCGGGAGGAGGUCGACGCCCAUCACGCUCAAAAGAAGUCGCUUUAUAUUGGGAGUGCGAGUGUCAAGAACCUUUUGGUGAUCGGUUGCGAUCGACUAGCCUUGUGGGUAGUAUUGAUGCUUACAGCAACUCCGUUUCAUUUAAUGUACAACUCGAUGAUAUUUGAGUCUUUAUCGAUAAAUCAAUUUGACGUAGUGGUUGGACCUUAUGAUUUGGAUUCAUCAAAUAUCUGGAACCUUACGACCCCGGCAUUGGAUAAAUGCUUCUCGAGUCCUCAAUCUAUACAGCUGGGCUGGCAUGAGUUCGCCUCCCAGAUCGCCCACAGGAAUUAUGAGCGAAUCUCUACUGAGCAAUGUACCGAGACUUCCCAGAUAUCCCACCCUGGAAUUAAGGGGAUCGUCGCGCUUGCAGACAACUUGACCGUCAGCGACGGGGGAGACAACUCCAUUCUUCUGACAGGAAUCACCAGUUCGAUCAGUGAACGCAGGCCCUACGUGUCAGAUGGCAUUCCCCUGCCAGCUGCGCCGUCCGCCAAUGAAACUGCUGGCCUGGAUUCUAAUAUCACCUGUCAGUCUGAUGAUACUUUCUUGCAGAGUCUGUUCUCUUAUGAACCAGACAAAAUGGCAAGAAUUGGCGCAAAGCGGUAUAAUAUUACAGGAUGCCUCGCGAUCAAGGCCCCGGAGCACUGCCAAUUGCUCUAUAGCCCGCCGAUCUGCAUCAUUAUCAUGUUGACUGGUUGUGCAAAAGUAGCGGCAAUGUUUAUAGCGGCUAGAAUUGGUCGUGGUCGUUCGCCACCGCUUUUGACCAUUGGCGAUGCAGUAGCAUCAUUCUUAACUAAUCCCGAUCCUACCACGAAGGGCUUGUGCUGGCUCACAGCUACCGAUACCCAUAAGGAUCAGUGGACAUGUGGUAGCAGAACAGGUGGUUUUACGGCAAUCCCGCAAAAUAGCCAAGACGAGUCUAUCACCUACAAACGCCUCUCAAAGCGGAAGUUCUGGAUGAGAGCAGCAAGCGGCUGGCGUUGGACAGCAACUCUUUUCAUGUGCUUUUCGUCCAUAAUAACAGGAAUAGUCCUCUUCAGGAUGGCUAUUUCUUAUAUGCCUCCCGAACUCUCCAUAAUUUCGGCACACGACAUGAAACAAUGGUUCAGCUCUGAUGUCGAUAUUAGCAAUUACAGUAUCAUCGGAGGAAGAAUCGAGUGGAGUAUGCUGAGCGCGGUAGUGUUUGCCAACAUCCCACAACUGAUCAUCACCGUCAGCUAUUACUGCUACAAUGCCGUGUUGACAAGCAUUCUGGCCGCUGCUGAAUACAGCUCGUACGGAGCCAAACGUAAGGCGCUUCGCGUCACUUGGCCCAUCAAGGACAGUCAGCAGCGAUCGACUUACUGGUUGAGUGUCCCGUAUCGAUAUGUCAUCCCAAUUUUGGUGCUUUAUAUGGUUCUCCACUGGCUCGUGUCGCAGAGCAUCUUUUAUCUUAUGUUGGUCACAUACCUGCCGGACGACCAACCAAAUCCUGCAAAUACGAUGAGCUCUGUUGGCUUCUCAUCUACACCAAUCUUUCUCUCCAUUCUGGUUGGAAGCAUCAUGAUGCUUAUAUUGUUCACGCUAGCGUUCCGGAAAUUCAAAUCCAGGAUGCCGGUGGCGGCAUCUUCUAGUGCUGCUAUUAGUGCUGCGUGUCAUCCGUCCAAGGAUGAGGACUUGGACACGGCGGCGUUGGGUUUGGUAAAGUGGGGGAGACGAUAUCACCACCAGCUUGGGUGA